AUGAAAGUUGUCAUCGUUGGAGCAGGCCUAGGUGGGCUGGCAUGUGCAAUUGCUUGCCGCCGUGAAGGCAUUCAGGUGGAAAUUCUUGAGCGGUUCACGGAAGUUGGCGAGGUCGGAGCAGGUAUCCAAAUCCCACCCAAUGGGACGAGAAUAAUGCGCGACCUGAAUUUGCUGCCCCAGCUUCUCGAGAAAGGAAGUCAGGUUCAACAGGUAGACUUUCGAAGAUACAAUGAUGGCCGUGUUUUGCGAUCAAUGCCAUUUGGGGAUGAUAUCACGAAGGAGUUCGGAGCGCCAUGGAUCAUUAUUCACCGGGUUGAUUACCACCGAAUUCUUCUGGAUGAAGCAAUUCGCCUUGGUGCAGUUCUCCGCUUAGGAGCUGAAGUAAAGGAUGUCUCCAUCGAAGAACCAACAGUCAUUCUCGCUGAUGGGACGAUAAUAACGGCAGAUGUUAUUAUUGGGGCUGAUGGCCAAAUGUCUUCAGUUAGAAAAGCAGUUCUUGGAUCACCUCAUUCUCCAGUUCCCACAGGCGACAUGGCUUAUCGAGCAACUUUCACCAGGGAGCAACUCGAGGCUCUGCACGAUAAAAAGGUCAAUGAGCUCUGCCAGAAAGUGGGCGUCACAAGCUGGCUUGGACCAGAGAAACAUACGAUAUUUUACCCCGUACGCGGGGGAAAGGAAUUCAACUUGGUGCUCCUUCGACCCGAUAAUCUCCCCUCUGACAUCCGCAGAGAGCAAGGUAAUAUCGAGGAGAUGCGUGAAAGCUACGCUGAUUGGGAUGAGUGCCUGCAAAAGCUCGUCUCUUGUGUGCCGUUGGUCUACAAGUGGAAAUUGACCCACCUUUCUGAACUAGACUCAUGGACUAAGGGAUCCGUUGCCCUUCUAGGAGAUGCAUGUCACCCUACUUUACCGUACCAGGCGCAAGGGGCUGCCAUGGCAGUUGAAGAUGGAGCAGUCAUCGGGAAGCUUCUUGGCUCCUUACAGGGCUAUUAUCUGGAGCCAAGCAAGUCGGGAAAUGAUCCAUCGAUAUCAACAAGAUCUUCGGCGCAGGAUCUGACCGCCGCUGUGCUGAAACUCUAUGAAAAUAAUCGCAAAGCACGCACCACACGAAAUGUUCGUGGGGCAAUUAUGAACCGAAAGCUUUUUCACAUAGAGGACGGGAUUUUACAGAAGAUUCGAGAUUUUGUGCUGGGUGGCGCGGGGGUUACUCGCAAAAGCGAUUGGACAUGGUUAUCUUCAUUCCGACAGAGACAGACACUCGGUCUGGAUGUGCUGCAAGAGUGUGGUAAGACCUUUGAGGAGUGGAGACUGUCAGUUUCCCUAUAG